ACUUUAUAUAUCUUCUCUAGUUCAUCAGGGAGUACGCGACCAGGAAUGAAAAUGGAUAGCCUCGUUAUUUUUAUUCUUUCUUUCAUCUUUCCUACAUUUUUCAUCAUCUGGGCCGUUGUUAUUAGAUGUUUUGCAUCAAAAAGAUCCAAAAAUCGUCCUCCGGGACCAACACCGUUGCCGAUUAUCGGAAACCUCCAUUUACUAGACCAACAGCUUCACAAGUCACUAGCAAAGCUGGCCAAAAUUCACGGCCCUAUUAUGAGUUUACAAUUCGGUCAAAUAUCAACCGUGGUGGUUUCUUCCUCGGCAUUUGCCAAACAAGUCCUCCAAAAACAUCAUUUAGAUUUCUCCAGCAGAUUAAUGCCCGACGCCGUCCGUGCUCAUGAUCAUUUCCGGUAUUCCGUCGCGUGGCUUCCGGCUGCCGGCUCCGACUGGAGAAGCCUUCGCAGGAUCAUGAACUCUUACAUGUUUUCGGCCAACCGGCUGGAUUCUCAUCGCCGGAAAAUAUCUGAAAAGGUUCAAGAACUUAUUGAAUACUGCAGAAAGAACUGUGAAACCGGCAAGGCGGUGGAUAUCGGCCAGGCCGCCUUUACAACUUCCCUAAACUUGCUCUCCGACAUCAUGUUCUCGGAGGACCUAACCGACCCUUCGACCGAUUCGGCGAAAGAAUUCAAGGAUCUGGUGUGGAACAUGAUGGUGGAGGCGAGUAGGCCUAACGUGGUUGAUUUCUUCCCCGUACUUAAAACGUUUGAUCCUCAAGGUGUACGGCGUCGCAUGACUAGUCAUUUCGGUAGGGUCCUUGAGAUGUUUCGAGGUUUGAUAAGUGACAGAUUAACAAUGGUAAAGAACAAAGAAUGUGCAGGUUCCAAAAGGAUGGAUGUGCUGGAUGACUUGCUUGAUUUGUGUAAAGAAUCUCCAAUGGAGAUCGACAGAAAUCUGAUCGAGCAUUUGUUCUUGGACUUAUUUAUUGCUGGAACAGACACAACUUCAAGUACAUUAGAGUGGGCAAUGGCAGAACUACUAAAAAAUCCAUCAACCUUGAAGACAGCUCAAGCCGAAAUUAAAGAAGCCAUUGGAGGAAGAGGCAAACAAAUAGAGGAAACUAACCUACCUCACUUGCCUUACUUGCAAUGUAUAGUGAAAGAAACCUUAAGAAUGCAUCCACCGGUUCCGAUAAUUCCCCGGAAAGUGGAUUCCGAUGUUGAGGUUUGUGGCUACGUUGUUCCAGCCGGAUCGCAAGUUCUAGUGAACGCAUGGGCCGUCGGCCGAGAUGAAUCCGUUUGGGAGGAUGCGUUGGUGUUUAAGCCGGAAAGGUCCAUGGAAUGUGAUAGUUUUAUUAUCCGUCCGGACCGGGAUUUUGAGUUGGUUCCGUUUGGCGCUGGUCGAAGAAUUUGUCCUGGAUUUUCAUUGGCCAUGAGGAUUAUUCCGGUCGCACUCGGUUCAAUGAUAAAUGUGUUUGAUUGGAAACUUGAAGAUGGGAAUGAGCUGAAAGAAGAGUUAAACAUGGAAGAGAAGUUUGGCAUUACGCUGAGGAAGGCACAUCCUCUUCGGGCUAUUCCAAUAGCUAUCUAAGAUGCACAUAUAUAGUUCUUUUGAGUAGUGUAUUAUCCCCGCUUUAUUUUCCCUCCUUAUUUUUUUUCUGUAAAAUGUCGUGAUUUUCAAACGCAACUUACUGAGAUGUUAAGAGGAGCUCCUACACAUAUAUACAUGUAUAAUGUAUCAUUUCAUUUUGGAGCCUAUUUCUCUAUUAGACUAAGCAAUUGGCCUAC